CACAAGUUCCUCAUUUCACCAACCUGCAACACCCUGCUUGGCGGAGUGCCUGUAAAUCCACUUCACACAUGUUGUAACAUUUUACAACAUCAGUGGAUUUUCUUAAUAUGGGAGAAAUACUGUUGAUAUUUUCUUUGCUCAGCAGAAUGAACCUUUUUAUUAUUUUUUUUUCUUCUUACUAGACCGGAUCAUCAGAAAACACGGUAAGCUAUACCAUAGGUUAUCUUACUGGCUGUGACCACUCCUCUUUCUAUUCACGUGUUUCCCUUUUUUAAAAAAUGCAUUUAAAAAGAAGAUGAAAAUAAGGAAUUAAGGAAUGAACAUAGCGGAAGUGCAAGGGAAGACAAAGUGUCAAGUGUCAAAACCAGCUGUGUGGAAACACCCUCUUAGCGUAAAAAAGGAAGUGCUGCUCAGGAAGCGCAGACUGAGCGAGGCAGACCCAGCGGUGCCGCUCGUACCCUGAUGUGAAAGAUGCACGGGCCGCGUCGCAUCUACGUGCUCACCUUCACGGUGGCUGUCGCUGCAGUCACCGCUUUGGCUUUUAACGUUGACACGACGGACCCCACAGCUUAUUCUGGGGAACGAGAAAAUUUCUUUGGAUUCAAAGUGUUGUCUGGCAUGAAAAAGGAGAUAAUCAUCACUGCACCUCUCAAUGGAUCUGGAAAAAUAUGCAAACAAGAAAGAGAUAAACCCAUCAAAUGUUUCCAACCUAGUGUGAGUCCUCGAGUAAAUGCAACAAGGGUCAAAGGCCUGGGCAUGUCGAUCGCUGCAGACUCCAGUGGCUCCAAUUUCACUGUUUGCAGUCCGAGUUAUGUCCACGAGUGCAACGAGAACUCCUACCUGCACAGUGUGUGUUAUAAAAUCACAGACCAGCUAGACGAAGUCGACUCUUUCACACCUGCCUUUCAAGAAUGCACAAAACAGAAAGUGGACCUUGCCUUUCUGUUUGACGGAUCAAGAAGCAUGACUGAAGCAGAGUUUAACAAAAAUAAAGAUUUCAUAGUGGACAUAAUGGACAGCCUUAAUAACUCGUCUAUCAAGUUUGCAGCAGUUCAGUUCUCCACAGAUUACAACAAAGUUUUUGAUUUCAAAGACUUUGAAGCUGGAACUGCAAUUGAUAAACUUAUGAAAGAACCUCAUAUGAAGAGUCUCACCAACACACACAAAGCCCUAGAAUAUGUGCUGUCCCACAUCUUUGAGAACCCAGAGGCAGGUGCAUCUCCUGAUGCAACUAAAGUUCUGGUGCUAAUCACAGACGGAGAUCCCAGUGACCCUGACAGAAAUGACAUUGUUAAAAAAUAUGAUGAAAAAAACAUCAUUCGCUUGGUCAUUGGGGUCAAAGAGGCUAAGCUGGAUAAAUUUAGGAUCAUCGCUUCAGAACCUAAAGACAAAAAUGCCUUCCAAAUUGAGGACUAUGGUGGACUCAGUGUACUACUGGAAAAUUUUCAGAAAAGGAUCUUCACCAUGGAAGGCUCCAAAGUGGCUCAAGCAGGAAACAUGACCAAUGAAAUGUCUCAAAGUGGAUUCAGUGCUGCGUCCUACAAGGACACUUUAGUGUUGGGUUCAGUCGGAUCAAACAGCUGGAAGGGUUCUCUCCAAGUACUUAAAGGAAAAGAAGAAACGCAAGUUGAAGAUGAAAACAUGAAGAUGGACUCCUACAUGGGAUACUCCAUUUCCAUUGGAGAGAAGGGGGGGCAGCCUCUAUUAUUUACGGGUGCACCAAGGUUUGAGCACACUGGAAAGGUCGUACUUUUCACUCAUAAAGAAGGGAACUGGAAUGUUUCCCAAAACAUAAGUAAUGAUCAGAUUGGUUCCUACUUCGGUGCAGAGCUGUGCUCAUUGGAUGUUAACUCAAACAAUGACACAGAUUUCCUGCUGGUGGGAGCUCCUCUGCUUUACCAGCUACAGGAGAAGAAAGAAGGCCGGAUAUACAUCUACACACUGACCAAUGAGAAACAACUGGAAUUUGCACAGGAAGUGCUGGCCCCCUCCAUGGGUAGAUUUGGCUCCACCAUAUCUAGUCUUGCAGACCUGAAUGGAGACGGACUCCGAGACGUUGCUGUUGGAGCCCCCCUUGAGGAUGAUAACAGGGGGGCUGUGUACAUCUUCCUUGGAGACCGAAACAAAGGAAUACGUCCUGUUUUCAGUCAGAGAAUCACAGGGGAGAAAAUAGGUGGAAUUAGAUUCUUUGGACAAUCUAUCGACGGCAACUUCGAUCUCGGGACGGACGGACUCCCAGAUAUUGUAAUUGGAUCACAGGGCUCUGUGUUUGUGUUGAGGUCCAAGGCCGUCUUUAAUGUCAAUCCCAGGGUGUCUUUUGACCCUGCGGAGAUAAGUACAGAGAAAUUCGAGUGCCCGGUCAAAACAGAUGAAAAUUUACAUAUGGUUACCUUAAGUGUCUGCUUUGAAACACAUGAGCAAACAAAGACCAAAGAGGUAGUGAAGCCCAGGCUGAAAAUCUCGUACACUCUUGUCAUGGAUCCAACAAGACAAACAUAUCGAGGCUUCUUCAACCAAACUGAUAAGAAAUCCAGGAGUCUUACAACUACCUUAGAGCUGAGUGACACAAAAUUCACCUGCUCCAAUUAUUCCAUCUUCAUGCCUAAAUGUGUGAAGGACACAUUAUGGCCCCUCAUUGUCAAAUUAAACUUCACGCAAACUGACAGUGAAAACUCGAGUGCCUCCUUGAACACAGACACCAAUAGGCAACUAGCGUUGAGGUACAUUCCAUUCCAAAAGCAGUGCAGAAAAAAUGACACAUGUGUUGCCGAACUCACAGUGGACUUCGAAUUCGGGUCUAAAACAUUACUGGUGGCCGAGAAUAACUACUUCAACGUGUCUGUUAACUUUACCAAUCACGGUGACGACUCGUACAACACCAGCCUUACUAUGCACUAUCCUCCAGGACUCUCCUUCUCUAGGAUGGCGUCUGCAAAGGCCACCAGACCAACGCUCCACAGCUGCCACGACUCAGAGGAGGGGGUGCUCAACAAAACUAAAUGCAGCAUAAGUCUUCCUGUGUAUCGCAGCAGAAGCUACGUAAUAUUUGAAACUUCUUUCCGCAUCGUAAGUGACUACAAAUGGGAAGACACAAUCUCAAUGACCAUUGUUGGACACAGUGAUAAUGCAGUCAACAGAAAGAACAUGUCCAUGACCAAAAAUAUCCCUGUGCAAUUUGAAAUCAAAAUGGCAAUAACAGUGGACGAAGACACUGUAACCUAUCUGAACUUCACAACAGAGGACACUGGACCUAAAAAAAUCAAUGCUAUCUACAAGAUUGACAAUAUUGGUUUUAAGGAUUUUCCUAUCAAUGUGACCCUGACCUUCCCAAUUAAACUGGAGAAUAAUUUUGAAAUGUCCAACUACCAUGUCUUGGUGUCGGAGAACAAAACAACAUGCCAUCACAAGCCUCACCCGAAUUCCGAGCUAUGUAACAACUGCAUAGUCAUGGUGUGCGAAAGUUUCAACCUGGAGAAACACGCCGAGUUCACCCUGGUGGGAGAUGUAGAAUUUAAAAAGCUGAAAGAUCAAGCAGCGAAUAUCCCAUUAUUUAAAAAAUACACUGGAGACAGUACAGCGGUUAAAUUCAAAAGUUUUAUAGAGGUUUUGUAUGACUCGGACCGAUACGUGCUUGGCUCUUAUAAACAAGAGGAGAAGUCUAACAAUUCUGGCAAAGGGAAAGACAACAAUCUGACAAAGAGAUGGACUGAGGCUCGGAUCGAGUUAAUAUUUCUCCCACAUAAAUAUCUGAUCAUUGCAACUGGAGCUGGAUUGGGAUUCUUGUUUCUGAUCAUACUAACAUGCAUCAUGUAUAAGGUGGGUUGCUUUAAGAGGAAAACAUUUGGCGAUGGUGAAGAGGAACAGAAAGAGGGGAGUGCAAAAGAACCACCUCAAGAGGGACAACCGCUUUUUGACGAAUUUGACGAAAAUGGCACCCCACCUCGAGCGGAAAAAGUGUUUGUUGAUGAACUUGACGAAAAUGGCACCCCGCCUCUACAACAGACGAAGUCUGAGUUUGAUUAAUUAGCAACUGUUAGUGUGGCAUGCAGCUGGUGGUCAUUAUUAAGAAAUGUGUCACUUAAGAAAUCAUUUAAAGGAAUAUCAAUUGGUGAGUUAAAUGAAAAGAUGGUUUCCAAAGGUAAACGAUCUACCAGCUUCUCCAAAACUACAGUCAGACAAAACCAAUCUUACAUGUUGCAUUUAUACUACCUUGAGUAUCGAAAAAAUAUUUUUCCAACUUUGUUACUACGCAAAACAAAAUCAUGUGAUAGAAUGUAUGUUUUUACAUGGCCUAAAAUAUCAGUCACUAUCUACUGACAAAGAGGACGAAAUUAUUACGAAGCAGAUUACCAGGAUGGUUCUUUUCAAACACUUGUUUGAACAAGGAGUUGUUUUGCUACCUCCGUGUUUCUCUCCCUCCUGGAAUGUCGUCACCCGUUGUUUAAGUCCACCCACGUUGUGCUAACAUACUCAGAAAGAAUUGAUUUAUUCCACCUAGUGGGAAACCUGCAGAUCACAUGAUUUACAUGAUUAUUAGGCGCUAAUUUACUAUUGAAGAGAUCAUCAAAGGGUUAAACCGCCCCUCUACAUCUGACUGAACACCCCAACUGAUUUGGCCAGUCUGUUCUGAUUGAGACAGUUUUAUUCUGAUUAUACUAUAGCGUUGAUGUAAAUGCAGCUACUGUUUCAGUUCUGCCUUUAAGCUUAGUUAAGCAAAGCUGUCUCCUUGCUUCAUAUUGACAAGAGAGUAAAUAGUUUCACAAAAUGUCAGCUUUAACUCAGUAAGUAUGGCACUCGCGGUCAUAACCGCAUGUUGUUUAAGCCAUGGUACACCAUGACGUAACUAAUGGAGAGCAUUGAAAUGCACAGGCUGCGCUGGCUACACAGAUACCGUAUUUUCCGUACUAUAAGGCGCACCGGAUUAUAAGGAGCACCUUCAAUGAAUGGCCUAUUUUAAAACUUUGUUCAUAUAUAAGGCGCAUAGAAUAGACGCUACAGUAGAGGCUGGGGUUACGUUAUGCAUCCAUUACAUGGAGCUGCGCUAAAGGGAAUGUCAACAAAACAGUCAGAUAGGCCAGUCAAACUUUAUUAAUAGAUUACACACCAGCGUUCUGACAACUCCGUUCACUCCCAAAAUGAAUAAACAGCUGUUUUAUUAUUUU